GAUUGCUUUUGUAGUAAAGACUUGCGGAAGUUAUUGUUAUUAUUAUGUUAGUUUAGAGUUUUCGUUUUAAGCACGUGAUGCGUCAUAUUUUAAAACAGUAAUUUAAAAGUAUCACAAAAACUGAUUUGGGGUAGUAUAGUUUUUGCAUUCGACGUCCCGUUAAAGUGCAGUUACUAUGGUGAAUGUUAUUUUCUUACAUCCGGAUUUGGGGAUUGGUGGUGCGGAGAGACUGGUAGUGGAUGCUGCAUUAGCCCUGAGUUCUAAGGGUUGUACUGUGGAGAUAUGGACUUCUCACUAUGAUCCCCAUCACUGUUUUUCGGAAACCAAAGACUCUAGCCUUAAGAUAGUCUGCGUUGGAGACUGGCUACCUAGAAGUGUCUUGGGACGUUUCUUUGCCCUCUGCGCAUAUGUUCGUAUGAUAUAUGUUGCUUGGUACAUCAUUUUCUUGAGUGGCAUAGAAUUCGAUGUAGUUUUCUGUGAUCAGGUGUCUGCCUGCAUUCCUUUGUUCAGGCUUGCCAGAAGACCCAAGAAAGUACUUUUUUACUGUCAUUUUCCUGAUCAGCUACUAACUCAGAGACAGUCACACCUCAAAUGUAUAUAUAGAGCCCCAAUUGACUGGCUUGAGGAGUAUACUACUGGGUUGGCAGACUGUAUUGUUGUCAACAGCAGAUUCACCGCUGGGAUAUUCAAACAGACUUUUAAAUCUUUGCCACACAUCAACCCUGACAUACUCUAUCCGUCAUUAAACCUCAGUUUUUUUGAUACAGUUCCUAAAGAUGUGGAAGACAUGUUUCCUGAUGGAAAGACAUAUCGGUUUCUUUCCAUAAACAGGUAUGAAAGGAAAAAAAAUUUGCUUCUUGCUUUGGAAGCUUUGAAUGAUCUUCGUGGUAGACUUGGUGCAGAUGAGUGGGAAAAGGUUCACCUUGUUUUUGCAGGAGGAUAUGAUGAAAGGGUUACCGAGAAUGUUGAGCACUAUAAGGAACUGAAAGAUACCACUUCCCAGCUUGGCCUUUCCAGUCAUGUGACAUUCAUUAGAUCCUUUUCUGAUGAACAAAAGAAACUUCUCCUUCAUCAGAGUACUUGUGUGCUUUAUACACCGAGUAAUGAGCACUUUGGAAUUGUUCCACUGGAGGCCAUGUAUUGUCGCUGCCCAGUAAUCGCAGUCAAUUCAGGAGGACCUUUGGAAUCUGUUGUAAAUGAUGUUACAGGAUUCCUAUGUGAUCCUGUACCAGGGCGAUUUUCUGAAGCUAUGGAAGCUUUUAUCAAAGACCCAUCUCUCAGGAAAUGUAUGGGAAAUGCUGGCAGACAGAGGGUGUUGGAGAAUUUUUCUUUAGAUGCAUUCAGAAGUCAGCUUUACCAGUACAUAUGUCGACUUACUCAAUAAAAUUCAGCAGUUAAGUUGACAGAGUCUGUGCUGUUUGUACACUUUGUUUGCUUGUAAAUUGAUGUGCCUCACAUUUACUGUAUAUAUUAGGAGAUCAAAUUAAUAUAAAACAAAUGUGUUUUCCUAUACAUAUCUUAACUUUGUAUAUUUGACAGAUUACCUGAUGAGAAAAGUAGUAUGGAAUGUAAAAUAAAGAGUUAGCAUUUGCUUA